AAGAAGUGAACACCGAAGGGGACGGCGACCGGCCGACCGCCCCACCGGAGGCGGAGGGAGAUCGGGAUCGGCGGGGGAUGGCGUCGCGGGAGCGGGACGGCGAGGGGAGGCGGGCGCACGCGGCCAUGGUGGGCGUGCAGCUCGUCUAUGCCGGGUACCACGUCAUCGCCAAGCAGGCGCUCAACGUCGGGGUCAACCGCGUCGUCUUCUGCGUCUUCCGGGACCUCCUCGCGCUCUCCGUCCUCGCGCCGCUCGCCUUCUUCCAGCACCGCGGCUCGCCCGCGCAGGCGCGGCCGCCGCCUCUCACCUGGCGCCUCGUCGGCUCCUUCUUCCUUCUCGGGCUCACUGGCGUCUUUGGCAACCAGCUGCUGUUCUUGCUUGGCCUCAGCUACACCAACCCCACCUACGCCGCCGCCAUUCAGCCGUCAAUUCCCGCCUUCACCUUCAUCUUGGCCCUCAUCAUGGGGACUGAAACGGUGAGCUUGGUCUCAAACGAGGGCCGAGCCAAGAUAGGUGGCACAAUCGUCUGUGUGCUCGGCGCUGUUCUCAUGGUGCUGUACAGAGGCCCAGCUGUGUAUGGUAGCAGUGAGCUUGAGCUUGAUGUUCAUAGUCAUGGGGUCCUAGCUGACAUGUCACAGCCCGAGCCUGCUGGAUCUCUAGUAUCUCUGUUCAUGGCAUUUGGUCUGGAAAAGUGGCACAUUGGAGUGUUGUGCUUGAUAGGGAACUGCCUCUGUAUGGCUACUUACCUUGCUUUGCAGGCUCCAAUUUUGGUGAAGUAUCCUUCAAGUCUGUCACUGACUGCAUACUCGUACUUUUUUGGAGCUGUUUUAAUGGUCAUUUCAGGAGUUUUUGCAACAAAUGAUAAAGGCGAUUGGAGUUUGACUCAAUCUGAGUUUGCUGCUGUUGUAUAUGCUGGAGUAAUGGCAUCUGCUCUUAAUUAUGUGCUAUUGACAUGGUCCAACAAAAUUCUGGGCCCUGCUAUGGUGGCACUUUAUAACCCUCUUCAGCCAGUGGUCUCUGCUCUAUUAUCUAUGAUUUUUCUGGGAAGCCCAAUUUACCUUGGAAGUAUUAUUGGAGGGCUUCUAAUUAUCUCUGGUUUAUACCUUGUGACCUGGGCGCGACACAGAGAAAAGAUGACUGGCAUUGGAGUCUCUUAUGUAAAAUGUGCAUCAGAGUCGCUCGACGGUGCUUCUCAUGUUACAAAGAAUGUGCCCUUUAUAUCUCUUUCUAGACUGUGGGAUGUGCCGCAUGAAUCUUGAGAAUUUGGAGGUCGUGCUUGAUCCAUCUGACUUCUUCUAGGUACCCCCUCUUACUGAGAUUCUGGAUACAGAAAGUAUACAUAAAAAAGAGUGAAAUAUUGCAGAGAACAAUCUUGAUGAAUGUUAGAUUUAUCUUGUAAAACUGUAGCCUGCCCUUCCUGGAGCAGUUGGAUUAGUCACAAGAGAGAUAUAACAGGUUAGGUUUGAGUUUGCUGGUUUCGUGAGACUUAAAACUCUGAUGAUGUGGAAGGGAUGAUCCUGUUUAUCUCUACAUACACCUAACAUUUGUAGCAAUACUCUUGACAUAUAUGCAAAUAGCAGAAUUGCACUGUAUAUCUGCACUUGCCUGCAGUUCGUGUGGUCAUAUCGUCCACAGUUUGCUGUCUUGUGCUAAGCAGUCAGUUAAAUAACUGUUUUUUC